UGUGUUUUGAAUUCAGACGAGUCUGGAAGUAAAGCCCAAUCUACUCAGCUGCUCGCCGUAGACGUUAUCACUUUUGACCUGCCCAUCUUAUAGGUCGCCACUGACAUCCCUCCACCUCGCCGAUCCACAGUUUUACGCCUUACAUGUGCCUUCUUGAAGAGGACUAAACAGCUCCCUAGACUGAAACUCACCAGGAUGUGUAUAUAGUCGGUAACGACAUCAUUAUCCCAAGAAGAAGAAGGCUGUCUGCUCUGCGUUGCUGUAUAUACGACUAAGCACUCAACUCCUUGCAUAAGACGUCACCACCUUCGCCUGGCUGCUCUGCUGGCGGCCGCUGGCGUCAACCACACCCGAUAAUCUGCUAUCAUCGGCCUCAUCUGUGCCUUCCCCAAGAAGACAGACCAACUGUUCCGCUGUGAUAACCUCAUUGGUUGAUACUGUGGCAGUCAAGAAGCAUGCCACCGGUGAAAUACAGCGAUAGGGAGAAGGAGACAGCAGAAAGAAAACUGAAAUCCCAAGCCAUGCACAAAGACUACUGGUCUGUCAAUGAUUACCAAGACAAUUUUGAGGAGCUUCAGGAAAUUUUAGAUGUGUUGUUUAAUUCAAUUGAAGGAAACAGCUAUGUUGUUGAGUACCUGGAAAACCAAAAUGGAACUCGUCUUAUAGUAAAAUGCAAGGUGUGCUCUAAAGACUUGUCAUCAUAUGAUCCGUUUAUUACACAUGAGAAUGGCAAAAACCACAAGAAGGUUCGACAGAAAAUGAUAUCUGUUGCAGACCCAAAUCUGGAAAGUGAGUUGAAACUUCAACCUCUCAAUAAGUAUCGUGGUACUUUUGCUGAAGGAUCGCUUGAAGACCUGGUUGAUUCUACAGGAUCAAAUGUGCUAGGAAUGCAGUUUGUAUACAAAGAAGUAAUUAAUGGUGAAGAUACCUACACAUGCCAGCUCUGCCAGAGGUGUGCUGAUGUUUAUCAGUUACCAGCUUCUAGAAUGUUUUCACAUUUGACAUCUGUAGGACACAAUCAAAACUAUUUGGAGGUGAAGUUUGGAUACAUAAAGAAGUCCUCACGAGAUUUUGAAGAGGAAUGUUGCCAUAUAGAAGAACUUGAAGGGAAGGUUCAUGCGAAUAUUGCUGAUUUAACAAUGCAAUACAGUAAAGAACAUAGCAACUGGCACCAUUGCAGGCCAAAGAGUCCUUCCACGCAAGAUAGAAAGUCAAAGAUACCAAAGAUUGAACCUCCUGAGGUCAUUGACAUAGAUGACAUCACAAAAAAGUGUGUAAAACAGCCCCAGACAUGUGAUGUGGGCAUAACUGCUGAAAUAUCAUCAGAGGCUCGUUUUAUCUUACAUGAAAUCAACGCCAUGCAAGAGGCAGAUUGUCAGAUGAUUCUACAAGAUGAUACUGAUAUGCAAGAUCUCCUCAUGGAGACCUUAUGGGUUCUCGCAAACAAAAUGGAAAAGUACUACAAUCAAACUGGUGCUACCUACAGUGAAGGCAAAACCAAGACUCCACUUUCUGUUUGUGCUGAGAAGGUGAAGCAAUACAUUGCAAAAUUUGCAGAACUGAAGUAACCCAGCAAAGACAUGCACAAGGAAAUGAAAAAUCUACAUUCAAAAUUGUUGUUUAGAUGAAAAAUUAAUCUUGUUAAAAAUAGUAUUUUUCCAGUAGGGCAUAUAUGUUAAAAAAAAAAGUACAUUUCAGAUAGGGUAUAAAUAGUACAUACAGUAAACCCUUGUUAUAUCAGACUAAUUGGGGGAAAGGCACUUACAAUAAAAGUGAAGACCCGAUAAAAGUGGCAAUGUGAGUAAUUCUACUUCAUAAAAUAAACUAAUGGUAAUAAAUAUAAAAAGAUUGAUAUAGUUAUGACUAUUAAUAAAAAUUUUAAUUUACCACACUUUCUUUCUCAUGAAAACAACUAAAACACUAUAUUUAGGCAAAAACGUACUUAAGUUAAGCCACACACCCAUGUAUAUAUGGCAAUGAUUUAAUUUUCACUCCCAAACCCCUCCCUCACUCCAUUCUUGACUUGCUUGACCCAUGACUCACCACUUAGGAACUUCCUUUUCUGCCCUGACUAUCCAUAGGUAUGAAAAUACAGUACAGUAACAAGAUUUCAUAAAAAAAAAUAUAUAUAUAUAUAUAUAUAUAUAUAUAUAUAUAUAUAUAUAUAUAUAUAUAUAUAUAUAUAUAUAUAUAUAUAUAUAUAUAUAUAUAUAUAUAUAUAUGGCAUAUGUUAGACAAUGUAUGGCAGAUGGCAGACAAACACCAAAUUAUGACAGAAAUACCACUAUUAUGCCAGACAGAGCAACCCUGGUGGGUGCAUUGUGUGCUCACCACAAGCAGCACCACACUCUCCCUCCCUCCCUUCCACCUUCACUCACUUCCUUGCCGCUGCCACUGCUGACUGGAAGUUCUGCCUCAUUUACUGAUAUUUGUCUGAUAAAUCAGAUGGAUGUCUGUAGGCCAUAUAUGUACAAUAAAUGCAAAAUCCAACAUGAUGGGGUCUGAUGUAAUGAGGUUUACUAUAUUAACAAAAAGUAGUACAUUUCGGGUAGGGUAUAAAUAAUAUAUAUUAACAAAAAUAGUACAUUCUAGUAAGGGCAUAAAUAUUGGCAAAAAUGGUGCAUUCCAGGAAGAGUAUAUAGAAUUUAUAUGGUACUGAGGUUGUGUUGAUGGUGCUGUGAGAGGAAGUAGUGAAGAUAGGCAUUGGCAAUGCUGUAGUGGGCUUCUGUGUGGUAGUGUUGGUGAUGGGCCUGAGAUGCAGGUCGAUGUGGAGGCGCUGGUUUGCUGGAGUUUGCUGUGAGCCAAGUCAAUGUGCUGCCAGAGAGACAGUGAGAGAGUGCCUGUUCCUACCUACACAACACUGACAUUUGCCACUUCCCACUCUGUGACUCUGCGCCCCAAAGCACAUUGUGAGGAUUACAUGUGCUGGCAGGUUGAGACAGCAACUGCCUGAAGUUGUGCACAAUACCUAUGUAGCCUGUGAUGGUGCAGACUGCAAGUGGAGGCAGUUGUGCAACGCUGCCUGCAUGGUGCGAUGCUACCUGUGUACUGUUAUGCUACCUGUGUGGUGAGACACAUUACUCUGCGAUACUGGAUGCUGUGCUCUGGUGAGGCCAUUGGGGUGUGUGUUUUGUGUGUAUUGUGACGUAUACUGUGUGCCAUGUGCCCUGUAGUGCUGCUCUGUGCUAUAAAUAAAGACAGGAUUGUCA